AUGAAGCACUUUGAUUCACCAGUCUACGGAUGGCUUGAUCGUGGGGAACUUCAACGACGUAGCGAGAAGAGUCGGUUUGCAACAGUUACUCGUUAUCGUGACAAACACAACAAGAUGAAGUUCAAGGGCCGGCCCGAACUUAAGAUGACCCAGACCUACCCCACGCUCUUCGUCAAGGCUCUGCUGCGGCUCCUCCCGAAGGCCUUUGCAAAGCGCAGCCAGUUCACGGCGGAGGUGGAUAUGCAGACGCCCGUGGUGCAGAUGAUGCUUGCUGCCCAAUGGAGCAGCUGGGAGGAUGCAGCCGUCUUCGCCUUGGAAGGCAUAGACACAGAGGAGGCGCCACCUGGCUCCUUGUCGCCAGUGCUGCAUGAUUCUACGGGUGAUGAAACCAUGUUGGAUUCUCCAGCACCUACGGUGAAAAAGGGUCAAGCAGCCCCUGCCGCAGCAGAGCCGCCUUCCAAAGACCUCACCCCCAGCCGCCCCAGCAAGGCCCCGGAACCAGAGCCGACAACACCCUUCGUCGGCAAAGCAACUCCAAGCAUGCUUGAACCGGAGCUCGUUGACCUUGCAAGCCAGACCCAGAAUAUCAACGAAGCCCCAAAGCACAGCCCGAACAAGAAGCUGCCUAUGAGCCCCACGCCCAUGAAGAUUUCCAAACUUGCAAAGCCUGCUCGGAACUCUCCGAAGACUCCGAAAACCAAGCCGGCUUUGACGGACGAGCAUGUCAUGCCCUCCGUGCCGGACCUGCAUGACGUGAACGCGCCGAAGCCGACCCUCGGCAAAGCUCAGCUGAGCGAACAAGCAAUUCGGAUGCGCUCGCAGCGCAUCUUUCGCCCACGAGCGAACGGGACGCUCAAAGUUUCGGAUGAAAUUUGGAAAGAGUGGAGCGGUCGUGGAACGCGUCGCAAAAUGCUCGAAGAGAUCUUCCUCCAAGUGGGGUACGACCCCGCAACCUUCAUUUCGGAGGUGGAAGUGAUCAGGGCAGAGAUGCUGGAGAAAGAAGUACCGGCUACUACUUUGUCGAGCCUCACAGGUGCAGCAGCAUCGUCUGAUUCGGGCCUUGGCCGGGCUGUUCCACCAGGGAGCGAAGCAAAUGCAUCCAGGAAUGCCCGAUCAUUCAUCUAUCGAUGGGGUCUGGUAUGGAAUGUUCCCAUUAGUGUAUUCCACUAUCAUGAUGAUGGGCAAGAUCUGGAGGUUCCCUACAUUUCGCCCCUGGCUUACAUAAAGUAUUUGCUUGAGCGAGCUCCUGAAGUACUUUUCGGUGGUCUGGGUAUUGUGGAAGGUCAGAAGAUGCUCAACUCCUUUUGGACCUCCUACGGACAAACACACAAGACACAUGAGGUGUUCCGGGAACAUGCAGGAUGCACGUCACGUGUGAUUCCGCUUUGUCUGCAUGGAGAUGAAGGCCGGGGUUUAAAGAAAACAAACACUUGCAUCAUGAUGCUCGAGGCGAUCUUCGGCUUGAGCACUGCUGAAAACAUUAAGUGCAAAAGACACUACAGCACUUGUCGCUGUUGCUCGGAGUGGGGCCUGGACCCGGAGGCUCCUUGCAAUGACGAGGCUGAGAAGGACGGUGCAGUUCCUGCUUCUGCAUUCCAGGAAAUCAAUUUGCAACAUCAUUCGUUCCUGACGAAGCUUGUGCUGUUCGCACUCCCACGUGUCUUCUUCAAGCAUAAGGACUUGCUUGAAUUAUUGAUACGACAGAUUUCUUCAGAACUACGACAACUCUUUUACGAGGGAGUAUAUGCAAGGGGAGUGUAUUGGUUUGGGACUAUCAUUGGCCUCAAAGGAGAUUUAGCUUGGUUUGCCAAGAUCGGCAAGCUAACUAGAUGUUAUAAACAUCUAGCACCGGGUGCUGCUUCUUGCCACGUUUGUGGUGCUGGAACAAGCGACCAACCAUUCGAAGAUAUUCGGCGCAACCCUUCCUGGCGCCAGAGCUUGUUCGCAGAGCGGCCGUGGUCGAGUGACGACCCUCCUAUGUUCGAUCAGAUUCCAUUCGACCGCAAUGCUCCGGAGAGAAUCCUCCGGCGGGAUUAUUUUCACUGCAGCAAGAUUGGAACAUUCAGGGAUUUUAUUGGAAGCUCCGUGCUCUUGAUCAUCAAGUUUGGCUUUUUCCAUGAUGCUGCUGGGCCAAAUAACCGGCCGGUGCUUCUGGAACGGGCUUUUGGCCAUUUCCGUUUAUUCUGCUCGACGCAAGGCAAGCAUCCGGCCAUGCACUCUUUCACGAACGAUAACUUCAACUGUUCGAGUGCGAAGACGUUCCCUUGGUGCAAAACCAAGGGCAGUGACACCAUGUUGCUGAUCGAUUGGCUACAGUAUCUUAGCCGGUCCUGUUUGGCCCGGCCAACAGACAACGACUACAUAGUUUUCUUGGAACAAAUCAAUCGGACUGCACGGGCUGGCACUUCUUGGGCUAAGUGCCUUUACAAGCAUGGAAUGUGGCUGUCUAGGAAAUGUGCGCUGGCCCUUGCAAACGAAGGGUAUGUAUUCCUGAAAGGUUACAACUCUCUCGCCAAUGCCUGUUUGAAUUCACCCGUGAUACAAGACCUGGAAUUCAAAGGCUAUGGGAUGAAGCCGAAGAUGCACCUUCUAUUCCACGACAUUCACGAAAUUUGGGACUGGCUGUCUGAUCCGGCCAUUACAACAAUUCCGAAUCCAUUGAUUUUUGGAUGCGAAAGCAACGAGGAUGUGAUAGGGAAAGUCUCUCGAAUUAUUCGUCGAGUACACCAGAAGCAAGCCGCUCGCUCUGCGCUGGAACGAUGUCUUAUGAAGUCGAAAGCCCUCUACACAAGAUUUAUGAAAGGCCUGAAGCUGGACGUUUCUCGAAAGAGAGAAAGGGAUUUGAGUGCCAGGCGUAAGGAGCCGAAGAAGUUCGCAAAGUCCAUGGCGAUGCGAAAGACUUCAGUCUGCUCUGGGAAAGGGAGGGCUGAGGGCUAA